GUGGCACGCUCAUAAACCACAGACAGAUACAGACAGAGAGAACUGAGAUUCACCUCACUCAUCUUCUGGAAGUUGUCUUCUCAAGCCAUUUGUUUGCUUCACCUUCUGUCAAAUAUUGACAGGAAGGAUACAAGCAAAGCUACUUGGAAUCCUUCACCACAGGGAGACCUGGAGAAUUGCAAGCCUCUCCAAACAUCUCAGAAGCCGAACACUCAACCCUUGCCAUCCAGAUACAUGGCUGCACGUCCGAUGGAGACUGUGGGUUUCGCCGUUCUACCUGCACACAUCUUGGCGUCCGCCAUGGAGGAGUUUCCCCAGCAGCUACCCGUCCCCAAGUGUCUGGCUCGGGGCCGAAACCGUCCCCGGCGGCCCCGAGACGCCCGCUUUAAGACCCAGCCGGUGACUUUUGCAGAGAUCGCUGAAGUGGAGGAGGAAGGGGCUUCGCCUCUGGAGGAAGAAAGGGCGAGACGGUCCUUCCUUCAGUCACUGGAGAGUCUCAGGAGAAGCACACAGACUUUGCACCACGCAGGAUCCACGCAGAGCUGCUGCACCGCGUCUGCACAGGCUAGUCAAUUUUUUUUUAUGGAACCAUAG